AGAUUCCGUGUAAUUAGGAUAACACCCUUUGUGUCUGUCACUUAUUUAAUCACGGGCUUAGAUAGCACUCCGUGAUUUUAAUUAAGAAUCAAUACUACAAACAUUGAUCAUCUGCGUCGUGUGAUAUUUCAGCGUGUAAUUUCCGGAUAUUUGUUUCGACAUUGAUUAUUGGUUUUAACGUUUAGUUUCACCUGAAAAUUGCAUCGUGGUCGUGACAGUGAUUUGACGGCAAGGAGCUGUGUGUGUAUCGGUGACAUUGGUCUGCACGUUUAGUGACUGAGUGAUGAAAACUGAUGAAAGCAUUACAUCGAAGAAAACAUGAAUCGAAGUCAGCAAAUGGCAAUUGCACAGAAAGAGGCAAUUGCCCAGAGUGUGCAAAACAUGAGGGAGUUUAUGAUGUUGUACAACAACCUGACAGAGCGAUGUUUCUCAAACUGUGCUGUUCUACAACACGACAACAAGUUGUCAGCAAAGGAGAAGUUCUGUGUAGAAAACUGCACUGAUAGAUUUGUGUCAUAUAAUCAGAGACUGAUGCCAACAUUCGCACAGAACUACCAGGAGAGAAUGAAGGCGGCAGAGAGGCUGGCUUUAGAACAAAUGGAAAAGGCCAAACAAGAUGAAGCCGCUCAAGCCAAAGAGCAGACAACUCCACCAGGGAAUUUAAAUGCUGAGAUGCAACCAUCAACUCAAUCAGAAACUCAAACAGAUCCUAAAAUAUCCUGACAAGAGCAGGUGUAAAUAGUUGGAACAAUAAGUUACUAUCACAGGCCAUGGCCUGAUAUUAAAGCAAUUCCAUGCUCAGUUAUUCUCUGGAAAAGAAUGAGCUGGCAUUAAUUACUUUGUCCUUUGGAAAAGUUCCUGUCUGACACAAUUUCAUUUGUGUUAGUUAAGGGUUAAAAUGUUGAUUGGGUCGCAAAUACCAGGGGAGUCGCAACACAUCUGGAGUGUUUCACAAAACACUAAAAUAAAGAAGGAAUGUAUUGAUAUGUAUCCCAAUAGAUUGUUAGAGAAAGAAGUGCUUUGUUGAACAUGAAAUAAUUCAGAAUGAUAUCAAAAUUAAUAUCAUAUCAUUAUGGAUCACACAGAUUUAAGAUGUUUAUGAAACCAACCAUCAAUUGUGAAAUUCCACUUGAUUUCCACCACUAGUGAAAGCCUGUGUAUAGUUUUUUGUAAAUGAGUUAGAUUGUAUUAGUAAUUGUUAGAGUUAAACGCCUACAUUAUAUAAAAGAUACACAUUAUAAAAGAUACAUAAUGUAAAAGAUACAUAAUAUAAAAGAAAUAUAAUAUU